CUGGUAUUUUUCUAGAUGCCAAACAACUUGUCAUUCUAAUCUAAUCACCCUCGCAACCAAAAUGGCUGAUGAUGCACAGGACCAGGCUGACCGAGAGAAAAUUUUCAAGCGUUUUGAUGCUAAUGGUGAUGGACAAAUUUCUGCGGCGGAGCUUGGGGAUGCCCUGAAGGCUCUGGGCUGUGUCACAGGAGACGAAGUCAAGCGUAUGAUGGAUGAAAUUGAUACUGAUGGCGAUGGCUUCAUUUCCAAAGAGGAGUUCACAAGUUUCGCGUUGGCCAAUAGGGGUUUAAUCAAAGAUGUUGCCAAGAUAUUCUAGUCUCCCUUCUUCUUUUUCGUUCUGCCAUCUCAUGCAG